UGAAGCCUGAAAUGUGGCAAAAGGUCGCAAAGUUCAAGGGGGCCGAAUACUUUCGCAAGGCACUGUAAGAAACCCCAUCACAGGUGUAAUGGAGGAAUGUGUACCCCUCCCCUCUCUCUCCCACCCUGAUGUCGUUUCAUCAUGACCUUCCAUAUUAUACCUGAAUGCGUAUUGUAAUGCAUCUUGAUACUGUUGUGGUACCAUAAUAUAUAAUAAUAUAUAUAAUAUCUCACGUAACCUACUGCUGUAGUUUUAUCCUAUGGACCAGCGAGGAAGCCUGACUUUCCUAAGUUCAACAAUGUUGUAUGAACGUGGCUUUGGUAUUACCUGUUGGUGUUCAUCACUCAUGUUUAUGUUCACCUCAGUCAUGGCUGAAUCAAUAAAGCCUGGUUCAUUUUCAUCCCAAAGAGACUUUGAAUUCUGAGGAAUUUAGUUGAUUGUGUGAGAACUUCAGGAUUAGAAUGAGUUCAAGUCUUUGUGUUGACAGAGUAAGUGUUUGUGGUUUUGAAAUUCAUAUCUUUGUGUUUGGGGAGAGCCGGGGUGUCCCUAUCAUUGAUCUGUAGGUUACGUGAGGUACGAUACAGUCACUUCCUGCUUAGAGAGAAUCCUGUAAAUUCAAUUGGAGUGUUCUAUUUUCUAUUGUUUAUUAAACUAGCAUGUUAUGAGGUUGGGAGUGACUUUAUUUAUGUAUAAUUACAUACAGAUUAGGGUGAAUCACUACUGUUUCAGAGAAUAUUUAUUGAUUAAAUUGUCUCAGUAACUCUCCUGGCAAGAACAGGUGACUGUUUAUGAAUGUAGUUAUAGGAAAUGUGUGUUUUUGAUCCUAUAAUUGUUCUUUGAGAAGAAAGGCAUCAGGAGUGAAUUGAAGUGAAUGUGUAACCAGGUAGCCUGCUGUUCCCUCUCUGCAUCACUGCCAGGUACAUUCUAAAAAAUGAUUGGUUAAAAACAAACCAAUUUGGGUUAUUUGAUAACCCAGCGUUGGGUAAAUAUUAGAUAGAACACACACUGUUUUUUUUGCAUGAGUAAUUCCACGUGUUGGGUUGUUGGAAUCAGUUCUGGGGUUUAUUCCCUUUCACGCUGGGUUGACUUAUCCUGUUCCACAUGUUACGUUUGUACACUUCUUUUUCAAGUAUGUACACUGCAAAUUAAAAUGUUCCUUUAAUAUUUUUGCACAUUACAUAUUCUUAAACUAAAUUAAUAAUGUUAUUAUUUACAUAUUGUAACAAAAUGGCAUCCACCCCAAAAUGACGAUAUGCUCUGAAGCUCUUAAGGGACUUAUACACUAGUGUAAAUCUCAUUAAAGUCACAAACGUGAUCAGAACAGAUUAACCGGAAUUAAAUUUGCUAUCACGGGUGGCCAAAAAUAAUGUCCUAAAAGCCACACCCAUUCUAUACUACGGCUACAGCCUUCUAAUCUGACCCACUGGGUCAUAUCUCAAUAACCCAUCAUCAACAACCCAACCUGGUUAUUUUUAAAGAAAACAACCCUAACUAAGUAACACAAUGCCUACAACAUUUUUUUUAUAGUGUAAUGUGAUGUAAACAGGUCGUGGUCACCGAAAUAUUUCAGUUACCUCCUGUCCUUGUCCAAUUUACCUACACUUACCACCUUCUAUAUUCUUUCCAUACCCAUUCUCUCUCUGUUUCGUGUUCCUCAUACACGCACGCACGCACGCACGCACGCACGCACGCACGCACGCACACCCUUCCUGUCUUGGACUUUAACCCAUAUUACUGAAGUAAGAGGCUGUGGCAUCUCUCCUUCCGCUUGCCAGUUCUGCCUCCCUCUCUGGACUAAUACAGGAUUAUUAACAGGAAAAAGACAGGAAUGAGAGGAGCACGGUGAAAAAUACCACCACCACAAAGACCCAGGAUUCGUACUCUACAGGAAUGGAUGUGAGAACGUUGGAGAUUCCGGCUGAGCUAUCGGCCAGACUACGCAGCGCAGCAGGGCGGCAGCACGUAUCAGGGGUGACAGAGGUGGCGCCUCCACAGGUGAAAGCACAAAACACCCUAAUCCUGCCCCUCGAUAUCGACAGCUACCCCUUCUCACGCUACGCCAACACCACACUGAAGGAUGGCUGGUGUCAGCCACAGGGCUACUCCCUCCAGCGACCUCUGACCUCUCUGGAGCCUGAAGACGCUCAAACCGCUCUGGAGAUCCACAAACUGAUACUGCGUUUUGCAGGGGACAGUGAUCUGAGUGGCUGGCAAGAGCAGAUGUUGGGGAACUACAUUGUGGAGCAGGGCCAGACUAGACCCCCCCUGAGGGAUGAGAUCCUAGCCCAGCUGGCCCACACCACCUGGGGCAGGGAGUCAGAGGAGGUGGCGCUGCGGGGCUGGUUGUUACUGGCCUACUGCCUUAGUACAUUCACCCCCUCCCCAGCCCUGGACAAACCCCUACUCAAGUAUGUAUCUGAUAAUGGUCCAGGUGAAUAUCGUUCUCUGUGCCAGCACAAACUCCUCACCUCCCUCAAGUUACCCUCCCCUGCCUCCCGCCUCCACCCCCCCUCCCAGCUGGAGUGGACAACCAAUCAGAGGAGAGGAAAUCUGGUGAUGGACAUGCAUACCUUCAACGAGGAGAAGAUGACAGCUGAGGUAGAGUCCUGGACCACAGGGGAGCAGCUGGCCUCGUGGCUGCUCCACUUCAGAGGGUUACCUGAGGCUCCACGGGGCUGGUCUGUGUCUCUGCUAGCUGAUGAGGGCUGGUCUGAUCUGGCUGGAUGUGACUUUGUCUUGGACUUGUUGGCUGGAGCAGAGACUGAUGCUACACUGGAGAUCGCACACACAGACCCUGACUACCUGUUCAACAAUGAGGGAGACUGGAUGAUUACAACAGAUCUAGAUGGCUUCAUCCCCCCGGCCCCCUCCAUUCCGGCCCCUUGUUUCCCCCAGCAGGGCCAUAGAGACUACCAGCAGUCAGGGGGUUCUGGUCAGUUGGACUGCUAUCUGGAUGACCUCUUUGACCCAGUGAUGGACCAGGGACCAGGGGACCAGGAGUGUAUGGUCAAGUUGAACAGGAGGAUGAGAGGAGGAGGAGGGAUGUAUAGACCAGGUGUUCCAAUGACAAUGCCAGGCUAUUCUAUGGGAAUGCCAGUGAACCCUGCCAUGCAAAACUACCGGGCUCCAAUGAUGCCAAGUAUGAUGCCAGCUCCCCCCAUGCCUAUGAUGCCAACCAUGAUGGCACCCCAGCCAGCUGCACCAGGCCUGGACCCCCAGCAGAUGGCAGCACAGCAGCAGGCUUUCAUCAACCAACAGGCCCUACUCAUGGCCCAGCAGAUGACAAUGCAGGCAAUGACUAUGUCCCAGCAGCAGACUCAGGAGCAGCAGCGACAGCAGCAGCGGCGCCAGGCUAACCUUCGACCCGUCACACCCCCCCUCGCCCCCUCUCCCCCGGCCCAGACACAGACACACCACUCUGCCCUCUCACUCCCAGCCCAGACACAAACACUCCCCCGCGCCCCUCCGCCGCUAACCACACCCAGCCAGAGGAAACCACAGAUACAGCACCACAUACCUGAGCCGGAGAGAGAUGUGGACUUUGUCAGUCCAGACCAGCUGGACUCUUUCAAGGACAAGAGAGAGUUCUUCCAGAAGAUUGGUUCUCAGCCAAAGCCAGCAGCCAAACCGCCAAAGCCUCGCCCUGCUCCCAGUAGCCCCCCCAAACAGACCCGUCCCUGCUCCCCCUCCUCCUCCCACCCUAGCACCCAGGACUUGGCAACGUCCCGGAGGGAGCACCCCCAAACAGACCCUUCCCCGCUCCCCCUCCCCACCCCUGGCACCCAGGACUUGGCAAGGUCCCGGAGGGAGCACCCCCAAACAGACCCUUCCCCGCUCCCCCUCCCCACCCCUGGCACCCAGGACUUGGCAAGGUCCCGGAGGGAGCACCCCAAACAGACCCUUCCCCGCUCCCCCUCCCCACCUCCAGCACCCAGGACUUGGCAACGUCCCCCGUCUCCUCCUGCCAGAGAACCAGACCGCCCCAGCCCCCCUGCCUCGCCGCCCCCUCCCAGCACCAGAAUCCACGACAUUAUUAAACAGUACCAGAACCGCCCUGUCAAUGAUCCAAAACCCUUGAAACCAAUCAGGGUUCCAGCACAGCCGUUUGUGAAGAAGAAAGAUCCUAAAGAGGAGGCCCUUUCUAUCCUCAGAAAUAACGGACCUGUACAACAGCAGAAGAGACAGCCUCCCCCUGCACGGCAACCCUCUCCUCCCUCCACCAGAGGGCCUCACCCCAUUUCCAACCACAUGAAGCAGAAACAGCGCUCCCUUGCCGACAUGUUCGGCACUCAGGGACGCUCCGAGAAUCCUCCGCCUGCUCCUCCCGGGUUCGCCCCUCCUCCUCCUCCCCCAGUCCAACACAUCUAUGAGAGCUUGCCAGACCCCCCCACCAAGGCUGCCCCCACACUCAAUCUGCUGUCUGGGGAGGAGAGUGUUCGCUCCCAGCUCCACAGGUUCUCUGCCAGCGUCUACUUCUCCUACUCGGCUAUGCCUGGCAAACUGUUCCUACGCAAAGAGGUGUUUUACCCCAGAGAGAAGUUCAACCACCCCUACAUCCUCAAUCUCCUCUGUGAGCAGAUCAUGAGAGACACAUACUGUGACACCUGUGUGAGGAUCUCCAGAGAGGAGAGGAGGAAAAUGAAGGACCUACUGGCCAGUUUCAAUGUGGGUACAAGUGUCAGCUUGGUCCAGGAUGACAGCAUGAAGAAGAGGAUAGUGAUGGCUGCCAGAGACAACUGGGAAAACUACUUCACAAGACUGUUUCCUGUCAAAGGUGAUACCAGCGGGGACACCCAGGUAUUGGGUGUGUCUCAUCGUGGGCUUCGUCUGCUGAAGGUGGCCAGAGCAUCAGGCAUCAACCCCAAACACCUGAUCCUGCUACGCAGCUACAGCUACGCGGAGCUGCUGUCGGUGAAGCUGCGGUCUGCAGACAUGGUGGAAUUCAGUCUGAAAGAAGAACAGCUGCAGCUGCAGAGCAACAGAGCUGCUCAGAUCACUGCCGUGGUCAGGCUGUUCCACCAAGAACUCGUCGAGGGCUCGGAUCAUGUGAUCGCCCUGAAGAGCUUUGAGACGGUCGACAAGAGCCUGCUCAACUUCCGCAAGGGUGACAUCAUCAAACUGCUGCCCAUAGAUGGCCUCGAACCAGGUUGGUGUUUCGGUUCCAUUGGGGGGCGCUCGGGUCUCUUCCCCACGGACAUCACUCAGCCGUCUGCCCCUCCUGACUACCACCAUGACCACCUUGGCCGCCGCGACGAGAGGAGGAAGAGCAUGAGAGCUCCAACCCCCAGACCCACCUCCCACAACGGCUCAGCACAGCCCAGCCGAGAUGGCUCCGUCCUGGGGUCGGCUCAGGGUAGUGAGAUGAAUGACGUACAGACGUUCCUGAUGACAGAGUUUGCCAUGAAAUACUUCAGAGAUGCUGACACGAGCAUGGAGGGUAGAGGUCUUCUUGAUGGAGGUCGAAACUUCUCAGAGAUGGUUCAGUACACAGAGGUUCCCGUUCGGGAAUCUCUCAUCCUGUACUCUGAUCCUGAUCUUAAUAACCUGGCUGUCCAGGCCUUCAUGAGUGUGAUGCAGUUCAUGGGAGACCAGCCUCUGGGGAAUCACAAGUCUGAGGAAGACUGUGUCAGCCAUGUCUUGAUGCUGGGAAAGGAGAAGGAGUUCCUGAGAGAUGAGAUCUACUGCCAGGUCAUCAAACAGACGACUAACAACACUCACAGGCAGAGCUGUACCCGAGGUUGGCGUUUAUUGAACCUGGUAACAGGGUUCUUCCCCUGUUCUGGCACUCUCAAUCCCUACGUCACACAACUCUUACAAAACAUCAGCCAAGACCCCUCACACCCUUACCAAGAGCUGUCUCAAUACUGUAAGGAGAACCUGUUCCGGUCUCUGAUCCACGGAGGUCGCAGACACGUCCCCUCUCAAGUAGAGAUGGAAGCCAUACUGGCUGGCAGAAGCUCUCGCCGGUUCCCCAUCAAGCUGCCGGGUGGAGUAGACUUCCCCUGUAAGAUACGCAGCUUUAGCGUGGCUCAGGAGGUGGUGGAAGAGCUGUGUACAGAGAUGGGCAUCCAGGACCUGUCAGAAGUCAACGAGUUCUCUAUCCAUGCCAGCCAGGACCAGGAGGGGAUGACGCGGCCAAUCCACCCUGAUGAGUACCUGUUUGACUUCCUUUUGGAUGACGGCUCCAUUGUCCUGUCCUUCCACCGCGUCAUGUGGACACACCCCCUUCACUUCGACAAUGACCUGUACCUGGAGUUCCACUUCCAACAGGUCCUGGGUGAUUACCUGGAUGGCAAACUGCUGCUGCCAAGCGGUGGUGCCAAUGUUGUCCAGCAGAUGGCAGAGCUGGCUGUCCUGCAGCAUCUGGCACAGGGACUUACUCAAGAGCCCUCUGUGCCUGAACUGAAGGAGUACCUCCCCCGACAGGAAGGGGGCAGCACCAACCUGGAGCAGAUCCACUCUAUUUCCCUCAGAGAGAGAACCACCAUGCUGUCCCUCAGCCCCCACGACGCCAAAGCACGCUUACUCGAGUGCCUGAGCUCCCUACCUCUGUUCGGCUCUAAUAUCUUCCUGGCUCAGAAGGUCAGCCAUCGCAGCUGCCCCUCGCCCUGCCUGGUGGCUGUCAACCAAGAGGAAGUGUUGUUCUGCCAUCCCAAAACACAGGAGCGGGCGUUUGUGAUCCCGUUGGUGGAAGUGCAGUCACUGAGCUUGGUCAAAUCCAAGCAAGACAAGAAGGUGCCAGGAGUGGAGAUCAAGUACGGCAACCCAGGACGCCCAAAAACCAUCACCGUCCACCUCAAGCAGGCCAAGGAGUUGUGCCACAUCAUUGCUGUCAUUAUGGAGAAGCUGGUACAACCACCCAUCAAUAGUUCUCUCUAGCCGCAACUAGUAGAUGCACGCACACACACACACACACACACUCUUAGCGAGGGAGCCUGCUGAUACCCUCAGCCUAGAUGGCUCAGGAUCAAUACCUUCAUAUUUUUAUCUACAUCAUUUAGUUAUACAAAAAUCAACAUAUUACAGCUACGAGUACCAAUGAAAGUCCACAUUUUUAAAUUCCUUUGUACGUGUUUAUAUAAUCAAUGUGAAGAUUUAUUUGCAAUAAAUGUUUGUGUAAUUUAAGGCCAGGCACCACACCCUCACAGGGUAAUUUUUUCCCCUUAAUCAAUAUAGCAAUUCACUUUUACCAGUUGAAUGCAGACACAAUUAUAAUAUUUUUUCGUAUUACAAUUAUUCUGAAAUAUUUGGUUUAAAUAUGCAAAUGACUUAAUAUCUAAUUAAAUGGCCACAUAUUUGCAUAUCAUGCAUGUCAGUCUAAAUAUUUUGGUUUAAUUUUGUUAAGACACUCCAUGACCGGACUUGUCCAGAGCAGAUUGUGGAUAAAUAUUUGUUAUCUUUCUAUCUGUGAAAUACUAGACACAUAAAAUGCAUUUUUGGUGCAUUUUUCCAAUGAAAAUGUUAUCUAGAAUAAAAAAUGUACAACAUACAAUAUAUGUACAAAAGUUUGUGGACACCCCUUCAAAUGGCUAUUUCAGCCACACCCGUUGCUGACAGGUGUAUAAAAUCGAGCACACCGCCAUG